AGGACAGCACAGAUGAGUGAUGAAGAUGAUUAUGAUGGCUGUGAUCUCUUUGACUCUGAAAAAGAGGAAGAUGAGGAUGGAGACUUAGAUGAAAGCACAAAGCCUAGAAAGAAGAGGCCAACAUCAUUUGCAGAUGAGCUGGCAGCCCGAAUUAAAGGAGAAAUACCAGUCAAACAGGGUGAAGAGCGUUCAUCUCUGUCAUCAGAGACCAAAACAAGGAAAACCCUGAAAGAGAAGAAGGAAGUUAGAGUUCCAUCAGAUGAUGAAGAAGAUGACAUCUUCAAGCCUCCUAAGCUGACUGAUGAAGACUUCACACCAUUUGGUUCUAGGGGUGGCCUCUUCAGUGGUGGAACUGGUCUCUUUGAUGAUGAAGAGAGUGAUCUUUUUGCUGAAGCACCCAGAGGAGAGGAAUCAAAAGAAAGGGAGGAGCGAGCCUCAAUAAUUGAAGCAUCCUCUGCAAAGUCCUUAAAGAAAGUUCCUGCAGGUGCAGUAUCUCUGUUCCCAGGAGGAAGUGAUGUGUUUAGUUCCACUGUAACUGUGGAAAAAGAAAAGAAAUCUGCAGCACAGGGCACAGAGAAAACUUGUAAACAGUCUGGAAAAGUUGUUCUGUUUGAUGAUGACGAUGAUGACUUCUUUGUGGGAGCAACUAAGAAGCCUCCAGAUUCAGUCAAGUCCACAGCUGACCUGUUUGAUGAUGAUGAAGAAGGUGACUUAUUCAAGGAAAAACCUGCCAUUCCUCCUGUGGUUUCUGGCACAACUAAAGAAACACAAAGCCAUAGGGAGACAGUCAUGGAAAAAAAGAGUCAGCCAUCUUCAGGUGAGGACUUCAAGCCGUUAUCUGAAACACCUCCAAGAAAGCAGAGGGGCCUUUUCUCUGAUGAGGAGGAUUCUGAAGACUUGUUUUCAUCAAGUAAAACUGUGAAGUCCAACGCUACGUCUCUCCCCACCAGCAAGUCCAUGACAAAAGCUCCGCUCUCUCUGUUCGAUGAUGAUGAAGAGGAUCUCUUUGGUGUGGUACCUGCCAAGAAGCAAGAGGAGAAACCUCCAGAAGAGAAAGCAAAACAGUCGGAGUCACUCAAGAAAGCCUCCAGCUUGUUGUUCAGCAGUGAUGAGGAGGAACACUGGAAUAUCCCCAAGCCAGCAAAACUUCCUUCUGAAGAUGACCGAAAAGAGGACCCUGCAAAACCAGCUAGCACUGUCACUCAGGCUAAAGCUGUGAAGAAGACGAGCCUCUUUGAAGAAGAGGAUGAGGAGGAUUUAUUUGCAAUCACUAAAGAGAGCCAAAGAAAGCCACAGAAGGUAUCGUUGUUGUUUGAAGAUGAUGCUAUUAAUGGGGAAUCACUUUUCACCUCCCAAUCAACGCUACUUCCUUCAACUACUAAGGCUGCAGCGGAGAAAGUAAAACCAGCACAAGCACUGCCUUUCUUUAAUGAAGAAGAAAAGAAGGAAAAGGAAGAUCUGCUAGGUAGAGCAGCAAAGUCUAACCAGGCAGAAGAUACAUUGUGGUGUUUAGAAGAGCCCAGAGCAGUUCCUAGAGGAGCAGUGCCUAGAGGAACAGACGUUGCAGGGCAGCAAACAAAGGAAAAACCUUUUGCAGCAACAUCUUCAGAGCCAGCCAGCAGUUCAGAUCCGUUUGCAACAUCACCACCAGCUCUGGAAAAAGAUGUCAAGGCCCAAGCUAAGAAAGUCUUAAGCUUGUUUGAAGAGGAGGAAGAGGAGAGACUGGAAGAUGAUGAUGGCAUUAAAAAUGCACAUAAAGAAAUUGGUGUGACUUCUGAGAACAGUACGCGGCCCAAAAGCACUGGAGUCUUUCAAGACGAAGAGCUCCUCUUCAGUCACAAACUUCAGAAGGACAAUGAUCCAGAUGUUGACCUCUUUGCCAGUCCCAAGAAGUCAAUGUCUGCAAACCGUAUCCUGAAGCCAUCAUCUGGAGGAGGGCUUUUUGGCGAUGACGAUGAAGAUGAUCUCUUCAGUACUCCUAAAACAAACCUUCCGAAAAUAGCUGAAAAGAAAACACUUAAGGCCAGUACUGGCCCUUCCUUGGAGAGCAGUAACCUUCUAGAAAAUGCUUCAAGUGCCAAGCAAGAUGAAGCUCCAAAGUCAGUAACUACAGAGAAAUCUACAGGUCCUGUUCCCAUUAAAACCAAAGAGCCCUCAUCUCGGAUUGGAAAGCUACAAGCUAACUUAGCUAUUAACCCUGCAGCCUUACUACCUGGUGCAAUGCCUAAGGUCUCCAAUGUAAAGUCUCCCUUACCAAUUUUGGACACUCUGUUGCAUGAGUCCAAGGAUGUCCAGAAUAGUGAAGCUGUCUCAGCUGCAGGAAGCAACGAAGAACUCGGUGUAAGCUUUGAUCAGCCUAUGCAAGCGGAUACUUUGCACAGUGCCAAUAAGACCAGGAUCAAAGUUACAGGAAAACGAAGACCUCCUAGCAGAAUGGCCCGCCGUCUAGCUGCCCAAGAGUCUGAAGAAAAUGAGGAGGUGGACAGUGCUAAAGAAUCACAAUUCUCUCUACCAAAACAGAUGCCAGCAGUAGUGAACAUAAAGGAGCCUCUUGCUAUAGAAGCAGAGUCCAAAGAAAAUGGCUUUCUCUCUAGCUUGUCACUACCAGCUCACGGUAGUGUUUUACCUCCUGGGACAAACAAACUCCUUCCUCCAGAAUCCACAGACCAAGGAGAUGAUCUGUUUGAAUCAGAAGACCUUUUUGCAAGCAGCUCAACACUGAGAUCAGCUGCACCAUCAAAGUUAAAGGAGGGAAUGCCAGACAGUGUGGCUAACAAACCCAUGAAGGGCAGGGAGAAAAAGCCUGAUCUGUCUAUUCUGAGUGAUCAGGACAGCAAGGAUCUUUUCCAGCCUGCACAGCAAAAAUCUUCAACAAAACGCAGCCCUGUACCUUUUUUGGAGGAAGAGGAAGACUCUCUCUUCACCUGUCAGAAAACUGGAAAAAAGGAGUUGAAACCUGCUGUCCAGCAAGCUGUUGACCCUACAGCCCAAGAUAUCUUUGAGGUAAAUUACUGA